AUGCCCCUCCUCUACCAACGCAACAUCAAAUAUGGCAAAUGCUCAGGUCUCAAGGCGCAGCUUACUCCUUUGGAAACAAAACAUCCCAUAGGACGCUUCUUCGCCGAAAUGGAGGAGGAUCUAGAAGAAUAUAACCACCCUUCUCAGCUAACUACGCCGGAUGGUCUGCCAAUGCCGGUGACUGAGGAGAUCGCUAUCCGCGAUGCAGUCAUCGGCCAAUUUGUAAAGCACGGUGCCAAUCUCGAUGCCCUUGACCAGGUCAAAUAUGGACAAGACAUGUCCCUCCUGCAUGGCAAUGCGAUGGCGCGAAAUGCACCAAGUACGUUCCUUCUGGUAAAGCACGGCGCGGACAUCCAUGCUACCAGCCGUUACGACAAGCGCACGGCACUUCAUUGGGCCGCGGUCGGAGGUUGCGCGAAGAUCAUUCGCUUCCUGAUUCAAAAGGGAUCAGAUGUGAACGCGCGGGAAUGGGAGGAGCGGACACCGCUGCACUUCGCAGCGCAAGAAGGUCAUGUCACUGCCAUUCGAAUCCUAGUUGAGAAUGGGGCCGAUAUCAACGCGCAAGAUGAGGAAGGGUGCACUCCGCUGCAUCUCAUGAUGAUGAAUGGCAAGCCGGCACCGGAUUCAUGGUGUAUCCCGGCGCUGAGGGCGAUGUUCGAGCUUGGCCCGAAUACCGAGCUUGGAAUGUUUGAGGAUAACAAGACAGCGCUCCAUGUUGCGAUUCUGAAUGAACGAGACAUGGACUUUAUGGAAGCGCUGCUGGAGUCGGGUAUGGAUCUGAAUUCUCGGACGGUGGAGGGACGGACGCCGCUCUCUUGUUGUGUGGAAAGGGGGGAUAUGAAGACGCUCAGGAUGUUGGUCGAAGCGGGCGCGGAUGUCUGCACGAGGGACGAGGAGGGGCGCUCCCUUCUCCAGAUUGCUCUUGAAGAUGAAGAUCGCGCGUAUGGGUGCUUGCCUACACUUCUGGAGGAGGGCCUGUUUACGCUGGACUCAGAUGCUGGGGAUGGAAAGACAUUGGCGCAGGCUCUUAAGGAGCGGGGCUGGGUGCUGCGUCAGAGAGACGACCACGCCGUGGCUGCCGUGCUCCAGGAUUGUGCUGUCAAGACCUGGCCCUACAAGCUCGUGUCCUGGGUGUUGGAGACCCUUCUUAAGGAGCCUAACGGGGCAUUCAACCUCCAGACGCUGACUCCCGUGCUUCACCUCCAACGGCGAUGUUGUAAGGCCCAUGAGAAAUCCUCUUGCAUCUCGCUAGAAAGGAAUGCAAAAGCAAUACAGAAGGAGCGCUGGCAUGAGUCAACGACGAGUGGAGGAUGUUCUGGAGGUCCGGGUUCUGUUUGCUGCCUCGAUGUGAAUAAGGCCUACAGCAGGCCUCCCAGGCAGUGGCAGACAAAUAUCAUCGGCCGCUCAUUCUACCCGCGUCAGUAUCAUCGCCAGUUCUACACAGCUGCUAGCACCUACCGUAUCAUCAUCCUCUCGGUACGACCAAGAGAGGUCAGUGGAUUCCAGGCGUGGUUAGCUAUUUGA